CAAAACAAGACGCGGGCAGGCCAAUAUAAAUGCCCAGAAUGUAGUAUCUCUGCCGCAGACAUAUCUCUGCCGCAGACGUCAGAGGCACAGAAUCAGUUUACUGACAGGGGAUCUGCUUAUUCCUUACAUUCACAGAAGCAAACAUGCACUUGAGUGCAUGCGAGUCGUGCCACCUGGUAUUCUUGUUUUGUAUUCUUGUGAGGAGUUGCCAGGCGUUCAAGAAUGAUGCUACGGAGAUCCUAUACUCGCACGUGGAUACCCCUGUGCAGGAUGCCCCGAGCAAUGUCUCUUUAAAUCGGGCAAGAAACGGCGGGAGAGGCGCGGGAAAUACUGCUGGGAACGAUAGAGUUGAUCAGAGAAGCCAAGUUGGCUGUAGAGAGCUGAGGUCCACCAAGUACAUCUCUGAUGGCCAAUGCACAAGCAUCAACCCCAUAAAGGAGCUAGUAUGUGCUGGCGAGUGCCUCCCCGCUCAGAUGCUUCCCAACUGGAUCGGUGGUGGCUACGGCAGAAAGUUCUGGAGCCGGAGGAACAGUCAGGACUGGCGCUGCGUCAACGACAAGACGCGCACCCAACGCAUCCAGCUGCAGUGCCAAGACGGCAGCACAAGAACAUACAAAAUCACAGUGGUCACCUCAUGCAAGUGUAAGAGGUACUCCCGGAAACACAACGAGUCAAGCCAUAUGAAGCUUAAGGAGCCUACCUUAUCUCAGCCCCAGCUUCUCCACAAACACAAAGCCAAAGCCAAUAGGAGGCUAGGGAAGAUCAAGCUAAACGAGAACUGGCAUGAAGCAGAGCCCUAAGGCAGGACUGCAGAAUGCCUCAGUGACUGUGGUCUUGGAUUAUCUCUUAUUGGGACUGGCUUGUUGUGAGGAGGACCACUGAGAGUGACUUUGUAAAUGUGAAUGGCAUUGGUGGCCUUCUACAUCUGAGGACCAAUGGGCACCAUUAAGUCAUUAGCUAAUUAGAUGAAAUGAACCUAAAUGGGGUCAUCAUGACCAAUUGAACUGUCUGGAACUUUAAGAUAACUCACAUCAUUCAAGAUCUUGUAUGACAAUGUAAACCUGCACUUCACUCCAUUAUGCAAACACAGUUUUACAGCCAAUAUAAUGUAAUAAAAUAAGCUCUGCAUGAAAAGGGAUUUCCCAACACAAAAGCACCACAAAUACACAACACAAUGUAAAUAUGUGUACAUAUAUAGUAUCAUAUAGUCCUCUGAAGUAUGAUAACAUAUGUAUAAAUGUUUUCUAUAAGAUGUAUAUGAUGUAAUAUAUAUUUUGUAUUGCUAUUCAUUUGAUAAACCUUUUAUAUGCAUCACACAUAUUUGUCAUUGCUCAUGUUUCAUUGAAAAAAUAAUAAAUGUUAACACAAACUUCA